AUGCUGCGUAUGGGGCAGCUGUCCGCCCUCUGGAGCGUCGCCCAGGCCACGAACCUCACAAUCAACCUGGUGACGGUGGUGGCGUGCUGCUCCAUGCUGGUCGCCGCCAUGCUCAGUUUCUUCCUGCUGCAGACGCGGCCGGUCUACCUGGUGGACUUUGCGGUGCACAGGCCCGCCGACAGCUGGAAGAUGGACAAGGUCUCCCACAUGCACAACACCGCCGAAUGCGGGAAGUUCACGCCGAAGAAUGUCGAGUUCCAGUCCAAGAUCCUCGCCCGCAGCGGCCUGGGCGACGACACGUACCUCCCCCCAGGCCUCAACGCCAAGCCGCCGGCCAUCUCCAUGAGCGACGCGCGCUGGGAGUUCGAGCAGGUGUGCUUCAGCGCGAUCAAGGAGGUGCUGGGUAAGGCUGGCGUGCAGCCCCGCCAGAUCGGCAUCGUCAUCGUCAACUGCUCCCUGUUCAACCCCACCCCCAGCCUGAGCGCCAUGAUUAUGAACCACUUUAAGAUGGGCUCCAACACCAUCAACUACAACCUCGGGGGCAUGGGCUGCAGCGCCGGCGUCGUCUCCAUCGACCUGGCGCGCCAGAUGCUGCAGCUUCUGCCCAACUCCUACGCCCUCGUGGUAUCCACCGAGAACAUCACACAGAAUUGGUACACCGGCAACGACCGCUCCAUGCUCAUCCCCAACUGCCUCUUCCGCGUCGGCGGCGCCGCGAUGCUGCUCUCCAACAAGCGCAAGGACAGCUGGCGCGCCAAGUACGAGCUGCAGCAUGUGGUGCGCACUAACCUGGCCGCCAACGACGCGGCCUUCACGUGCGUGUACGAGGGCCAGGACGAGGACGGCCACAGGGGCGUGCGGCUCAGUAAGGAGCUCAUGGCCAUCGCAGGCCAGGGGCCCUGGUGA